AUGGCGACCACCACUACCGUGGUCGUGGCUUCGCGUGAUCAUAAAGUUUAUGGCUCAAAUAGACCAAGGAGAGGGGCCCACCAAAUUCCUGAGGAAAUUUUGAAUGAUGCAGACAUUAAUGAUGCCAUUAAGCAGCUUCCAGAGAACUACAACUUUGAAAUUCACAAAACAAUUUGGAAGAUAAGACAGACAAAAUCCAAGAGGGUGGCACUGCAGUUUCCUGAAGGCCUGCUUCUGUUUGCAUGUGUUAUAGCUGAUAUUAUUGAGAGGUUCACUGAGGCGGACACAGUCAUCAUGGGAGAUGUGACCUACGGUGCUUGUUGUGUGGAUGACUUCACAGCCAAGGCACUCGGAGCAGAUCUGAUGGUUCAUUAUGGCCACAGCUGUCUUAUUCCUAUUGACCAGACCGAAGGCAUUCAGAUGUUGUAUGUGUUUGUAGACAUAAAAAUUGAUACUGUUCAUUUUAUUGAGACGCUCAAGUUCAACUUUGACCCCGGGACCAGACUUGCUCUUGUUAGCACAAUUCAGUUUGUUGCUGCCUUGCAGGGAGCUAAGCAGUUCCUGAGUCCACACUUGACUGUCACAACACCACAGAGCAAACCAUUGUCUCCAGGUGAAAUCCUAGGCUGUACCUCCCCAAGACUGGCUGACACUGAUGCCAUUGUCUACCUGGGAGAUGGCAGAUUUCACUUAGAAUCCAUAAUGAUCCACAAUCCACAUCUACCGGCAUAUAGGUAUGAUCCAUACAGUAAAGUGUUCACAAGAGAAUAUUAUGACAUUCAAAGAAUGCACCAGGCUCGGCAAGAGGCCAUAGCUGUUGCUUCUAAGGCAAAGAUGGUGGGCAUUAUUUUGGGCACUUUGGGGAGGCAAGGGUCUCCCAAAGUGUUGGAGACUCUGACGUCCCAGAUUAAAGCUUCUGGCAGAGACUAUUUGAUAGUGCUGCUGUCAGAGAUUUUCCCCGAUAAACUCAAGUUAAUGGACAGUGUGGAAGCAUGGGUGCAAGUAGCCUGUCCCAGAUUAUCGAUAGACUGGGGCACUGCAUUCAGAAAGCCUUUGCUAACUCCAUAUGAGUUGAAUGUUGCUCUCAAAGUUACCAACUGGCAGUCAACUUACCCCAUGGAUUACUAUGCUAGCGACAGUCUAGGUCCAUGGACUGUUAACAAUGAAGCCAACAGGCCACAAAGGCAGAGGAAGUGCAAGAUAAAUAUUACAUCAUCUCUGUGCGAUCAUUGA